AUCUGAUUGCAGCAAUUGGAACUGUGUCAGCGAUUGUACAAGCUUCACUUCCAGCUGCUGUUGCUUUUUCAGUCUUAUUGUAAACUAAUUGGGCAAAUCCAUGAGGUCAGCACAAUGCCAGAGUUGUUAAACAUGUCAAGAGAACUAAAUGAGCUUAAGAAGAACCUGAAAGAGGCCAGUGUAUACAUUGUAGCAGAGUCUCUCAAUAUAGAUGCCACCUCUUUUGAGCCCUCCUUCAGUUCCACUGAGUUUGCCAUACAGUCCAUGUUGGAAUGUUUGAAGAAUAAUGAGCUUGGGAAAGCAAUACGGCAAAUUCGCCAGUGCAGGAAACUGUGGCCUAAUGACAUAUUUGGAAGCAGUGCUGAUGAUGAGGUCCAAACACUACUGAACAUCUACUUCCGUCACCAAACCCUUGGACAGACUGGCACAUACGCUCUUGUGGGCUCCAACCAGAACCUGACUGAUAUCUGCACCAAGCUUAUGGACCUUAACAUGGAGAUCCGGGACAUGAUACGACGUGCCCAGAAUUAUCGUGUUGUUUCAACUUACCUCCCUGACUCCAGUGUCUCUGGCACUAAUCUUUGA